CCUUUCUUCAAGUAUCCAAAUUUGUCGGAAGAAGCUGAUUGCACCGGCUGCGUAAAUGGGGGCAACAGAGCCUACCCAAUGCCAGCUCCGCCGCGGGCAGUAUCUCGGAGAAAUAUCAGCACUCUGUUUCCUCCAUCUUCCCGCCAAUCUAUCCUCUCUACCUCUCCUUCUGGCUGGGACCGGCUCUCAGAUUCUGGUCUACGAUUUGUCGAUUGGAGCGCCGCUGAAGUCGUUUCAAGUCUUUGAAGGGAUUCGUGUUCAUGGGAUCUCUUUGGAGAAUUUGCACAAACAGUUGGCGGCUUCUGCUGUUUCUUUCCGUGUUUGUGUUUAUGGGGAGAGGAGAGUUAAGAUUUUCACCCUGCGGGUUGAACCGGGCGGCAAGGAGGAGCCAGUUCUGCAUUUGGAGCUGAAUCUCAUCCACUCGCUGCCUAAAUUUAGGCAUUGGAUCAUGGACGUUUCCUUCUUGAAGGAUGUUGCAACUGCGAGUGAGGAUCCCCGUUACCUUGCCAUCGGAUGCAGUGACAAUUAUGUGUACUUCUGGGAUAUCUCAAGAUAUAAUAUGUAUUCUGAAGUUAAAUGUGCCGAGAGGUGUCUGUUGUACUCAAUGAAGAUGUUUGGGGAUGAUAUUGACUCUCUUCGUAUUGCUUCUGGUACUAUCUUCAAUGAGGUAGUUGUUUGGAAAGUCAUUUGUCAGAAUGGUGCCAAACAACCUGGAAGUCAUGAGGAAGACCAUUUGCAGCUGAACGGUGACGAGGGCUUCUCCUAUCCUGGCCCCAACUAUAAAGAUGCUCUUAUAAGUAGGCUUGUAGGGCAUGAAGGUUCAAUUUUUCGUAUUGCGUGGUUCUCUAAUGGGACUAAACUUGUUUCUGUUUCUGAUGACCGCAGUGCUCGUAUUUGGGAGGUUCAGGCAGAGAAAGGAAUUUCAUGCAAUGCUGCUCAGGAACAGGUCAAUCAAAUUGAGGGCCCUGUUCUAUUUGGGCAUAAUGCAAGAAUUUGGGACUGCUGUAUAUUUGAAUCUUUAAUCAUCACUGCUGGUGAGGACUGUACAUGCCGUGUUUGGGACCAUCAUGGCAGAGAACUCAAGGAAAUCAAGGAGCAUAUUGGGAGGGGAGUAUGGCGAUGUUUAUAUGAUCCCGGCUCUUCACUUCUAGUUACUGCUGGUUUUGAUUCAGCAAUAAAGCUUCACCAGCUUUGUAUUUCUAAUGAAGGAAUAGAGAAAACAGUUGCAUCAGAGGAUUUCAGUGAUAGAAAGGAAGCUUUUGCUCUUUCUAUACCAAAAUCAUCAUCAUAUGGUGGGUUCAUGGACAGCAAAAGUGAGUAUGUCCGCUGUUUAAACUUUUCGCGUGAAGAUUCACUUUAUGUGGCUACCAACAAUGGUUAUCUGUACCAUGUUAAUUUAUGCAAUACUGAAGCUGCCAAGUGGACUGAACUUGCUCGUAUCAGUGAGGAAGCACCGAUCAUCUGUAUGGACUUAUUAUCAAAAUGUUCUGACACCCCAGACAAAUGUGAAGAUUGGAUUGCUGUCGGGGACGGGAAAGGCGGAAUGACAAUUGCUCGUGUAGUUGGAACUGGUUGGAAAGUAGAAGUUGAAUUUACUUUUACUUGGCUAGCUGAAGAAGAGAGACAUCUCUUAGGAACUUAUUGGUGCAAGUUGCCAGAAGCUAGGUUCAUUUUCACUGCUGAUCCCGGUGGUAGACUGAAGCUAUGGAAGCUAUGCCACAAUUCACACUCUGCUUCUCUUAUUGAUAAAGGAAGUUAUGAUGUGUGCUUAAUUGCAGAGUAUGCUUCAUGCUUUGGGAAGAGAAUAAUGUGUCUGGAUGCUUCAUUUGAUGAAGAGUUGAUAGUAUGUGGUGACAUUCGUGGUAAUCUGAUACUGUUUUCUUCACCAAGAAUCCUACUCAGCAGUAAUUCUGCUACCACAGAAGUCAAAGGAUCACCUGUGAAUUAUUUCAAAGGUGCUCAUGGAGUGUCAAGCGUUAACAGUGUUUCUAUUUCUAGACUGUCGUCUGAUGAAGUCGAUAUACGCUCGACGGGAGCAGAUGGAUGUGUAUGCCAUUUUCAGUAUGAAAGGGAUCUGCAAAGCAUGGAAUUCAUAGGGAUGAAGCAAGUCAAAGAAUUAGGCGCAGUCCGAUCUGUCUUCACCACAGACAGUUGUGAUGACUCUGUUGUUUCCGAAUAUGCUGUUGGCUUUGCAUCAGAUAAUUUCAUAAUAUGGAAUUUGACUUCAGGAACAAAGGUCCAACAAAUUACUUGUGGUGGUUGGCGGCGUCCGCACUCGUAUUAUCUUGGCCACUUGCCUGAGAUGAUGAACUGCUUUGCUUUUGUUAAGGAUGAUGUCAUAUAUAUUCAUAGAUACUGGGUGCCUGAAAAUAAUAGAAAAAUAUACCCUCAGAAUCUUCAUUUGCAAUUUCAUGGGAGGGAGAUUCAUUCCUUGUGCUUUAUCCAUGAACAAUCAUUGUACAGUCAAGAUGAAAACCGUGGAUUGGCUGCCAAAUCUAGUUGGUUAGCUACCGGUUGUGAAGAUGGAACAGUGCGAUUGACUAGGUAUGAGUUAGGCACGGAGAAUUGGUCGUCCUCCCAACAUCUCGGGGAACAUGUUGGUGGAUCUGCUGUACGUUCAAUAUGUGCUGUGUCAAAGAUGCAUGUAUUCAUGCCUGGUCCCUCUAAUAUCCGUGAUGUAGUUUACAGACAAAAUGGGAUUGUAAAUGGUAGAGAUCCUUUUAUAUUAAUCUCUGUUGGUGCAAAACGGGUUGUCACUGCUUGGAAACAAACAGUGACAACAAUCAAAAACAGGGUGGAUGCUUUGAGCAGUGAGAUGAACAAGAACAAUGAAAAUAACUCCUCCGAUUCAUCGGCAGCAACCAUGUCUUCAUUGUCUUUCCAGUGGCUCUCAACGGAUAUGCCAUUGAGACACAACAGUAACAUGAAAAGACAAGACAGCAACAAUGUUUCUGAAACACCCGAAGAUGGUAUAGUUACAGCCUCGAAUGCUAUUCCUUGUGAAUCAGUUUCUCCAGAAUGCAGGAACACAGAACCAAACCUCUACCCUGUAGAUAAUUUUGAUAAUGACUGGAGAUACCUAGAUGUCACUGCUUUUAUUGUAAAAGAGGCUGGAUCCAGGUUUUCUGUCUGUUUUGUUAUUGUGGCUUGUUCAGAUGCUACGGUUACCCUGAGGGCUCUUGUGUUGCCUUUCCGGCUUUGGUUUGAUGUUGCCUUUUUGGCUCCAUUGUCAUCACCUGUGCUAUCUUUGCGGCAUGUUGUCACUCCUAGACUUCUAUCAAAAGAAAACUCACAGAUUGGAAGUUUUUACAUGGCAAUUACUGGAUCCACUGAUGGAAGUAUAGCUAUCUGGGAUCUGACCGAGAGUGUCGAAAACUUUAUGAGGCAAAUAGCAGGUCUUCAGAUGGAAAACUGCCUAGAUUUCCAGAAGCGGCCUCGUACUGGUAGAGGGAGUCAAGGGGGUAGAUGGUGGCGAUCCAUAGAUACUAAGAAACCAAAGAAGAGACCAGUGAAUUGCAAAUUGAGAGAAAAAGGUAGCAACCUUUCAGUCUCUGCUCGAAGAACAGAAUCUAGCAAGGAAAAGGACGAUCAUUUGCAUGAAACAUCUGAAACAUCAAUGUUUAAACAAAGUGAUGAUCAUGUACCUUUGAAGGUUGACGAUCAGAGUUCUCUUGUGUCUGAAAGGAAAACAGAUACUUUAUCACCACAAAUAAGUGUAGUAGAGGCCAUGCAGGUCUUUGAUAAUAUCCACCAGUCCGGGGUCAAUUGCCUUUUCGUCUCUGAAAUAAAAAACCAACGACUUAAUGAUUCUCUGUCCACAUUCUACAUUGUAAGCGGCGGCGAUGAUCAGGCGAUUAAUUGUCUUAGAUGUGAUUUUGAAUUAGACCCUAUGAUGAAGUCCCAAAAUACGAAUACGAAUACUAAUAUCCAUUUCAACUCUAAGCCAGUGGCUACGAACAAUUGCAAUCAGCAUUUUCGGAUCCAAAACCAUCAGAUGCAGGUUACAUAUCUGGAUAAGAGCAUCUCAGCUCAUAGUUCUGCUGUCAAAGGUGUAUGGACGGACGGGAGUUGGGUUUUUUCUGUUGGUCUUGAUCAGCGAGUCAGGUGUUGGAAUCUUAGUCAUGAUAAACUUACAGAGUGUGCCCAUCUGAUCAUCAAUGUGCCCGAGCCAGAAUCAUUAGAUGUUAAAAUCUGUGGCAGAAAUCAUUAUCAGAUUGCAGUUGCUGGAAGGGGGAUGCAGAUGAUAGAAUUCCGUCCAACAAAUUAGGUGGAUAUCGAAAUGUAGGUUGUUUUGGCUUAGGGGCAUCGACCAUCAUCCUCAUUGUCACAGAAUUUGCUACUUCUGGAAUGGUUGCAUGCUCAACCCUGCGUAGAGUCUAGAUUCAGCUGCACGUCCCACAGAUUCAGCAUCAUGUUGAGGUUGUAGAAGCCUUCUACCAAGUGCUGUUUUUUUAUAAGUCACAACUUACAAAAGGCUGGGAUUCAUAACCACCUAUACAUGAAAGUUUUCUGCUCUCUCUCUCAACAAAAGGUUGUUUUGCCAACUCUUGAUGCUGACAAAUUGCCAUCUCCUUUGAGUUGGUAGCUAUGUAAUUGCAUCUAUUUUAAGUAUUUUCUCUCUGUUUGGUUGGUGAGCAGAUCAAACUCCCUUAUGAUAUUGUCACAAAAAUCGACUUUUUUAUUUAUUUAAUUUAAUUUAAUUUGGUUGGUGGUUGUCUUA